CCCAAACGGACAAGGCGUAUCACUAUGUUGCUGAUGGAACGUUCAGCAAUGAAGCUUCCAUUUGCAGGCCCUCGGUGCCUUUUCCAGGGUAUAAGCUGACAGUUUACAGCACUCGGGGCGGGGCAAUGCCCGGGCCAGGCUCAGGCAGGGCACUGUCGGGUCGGGUAGUGUCGGGUUCCGGCCUCGAGAAGACGUCCGAGGGGGGCGCGCCUCGGUUCGGUGUGCGAUGGGACAGUGGUAAGGCAGUCUCCAACCGAGCACAGGCCGCAGUCCGGAUAAGGCCCGCAGUUCGCUCUGGUGCACCUCCGCUUAGCAUCAAAGGACAGUACGGUAGCUUUACAUUUGACUACGUGAUCGAGGAGGGCACGAGUCAGGAGGAGACGUUCCAGUACUCCGUGCUGCCCUCAGUCCAAUCUUUCCUUCAAGGUGUCAGCUCGGUGGUCCUGGCCUAUGGCGCUAACUCUGCAGGCAAAACUUACACUCUUGAGGGUGGCCCCGCAGCCUCGCGACGUGAGGGUGUCAUUCCACGUGCGCUGCACGCCAUAUGCAAGAACCUGGCCGUGGUGCCCAAGCACCGAUACAAGCUCUAUGUCACCUACUGCGCCCUAUCGGCGGGCGUGGAGGCCCAGAUGGUGGACCUGCUGGCACCGGGCUCGCCGCUGGUGUCGCUGAAGGACGCCUCCGCCACCACCGCCCUGGCGCGCCUGCUGCACUACCAGGUGGAGUCGUACGAGGACAUCUACGAGGUGCUGCGCCAGGGGCGGAUGACGCGAGCCGCGGUCUUCACCGCAGCCGCUGGCAGCCCCGGCGCAGGCGGCCGCGGCGCUGCCGGCGCCGGCAGGGGCUCGGCAACGCCGCUGACGGGCCCCGCGCAUGUGAUGCUGAACAUCCAGCUGACGGGAUUCGCGGCGAGUGGCGAGCAGCUGGCCACAAACCUGACGUUUGUCGAGCUUGCGGCACCGGAGGCAAAGGAUAUGAUGGGCUACCCCAGCGGCGCUGACGGCGGCGUCACGCGCUCGCUGUCGCUCGCUUACACCGCCCUCAGCGGCGUCAUCGCGGCGUUGAGGGCGGGCGGCGGCCGUGGGGGCGGCGGGGAGUCGCCGCCACCCCGCCAGUCGCACGUGCCGUGGCGGGACUCGCCGCUGACGCGCUGGCUGAAGGGCUGCCUGGGUAGCGCCGGCAGCAUCCUGGUCAUCGCGCACGUGGCGCCGGGGCCCGAGGCUGCCGCGGACACACUGGCUACGCUCAGCUACGUGAACCGGCUGCGCUCGGGGCCCAAGUCCGAUGGGCUGGUGGUGACGGCGACCUGGGACGCGGCCGGCGGCGCCGCGCCCGGCUUCGAGGCGGCGGCGGCGCAGCAGGAGGUGCUGCAGGCCACGCUGCAGCGCGCGAGCCAGGCGCAGCUGGAGCGGAGGGAGCGGGAGCUGCUGCUCGUGCGGGAGCGGCAGGAGCGGGAGAGGGAGCGCAGGAGCCAGGGGGCGGGUGAGGCCGAGGGCGAGGGCGAGCGCUUCGGCAGCCCCAUCCAUGUCCGCGGCUCGCCCUCGUCCAUGGCGGGCAGCUCGAUGCGGCCGCAGAGCCAGCCCAGGUACAGCCCUCCCACGCAACUCGCGCCCUCCCUGGACACGCGCUACACCAACGCGCCCGCCUCCGUGACCAGCCACCGCUCCGUGUCGGUGCCGCGCAGCGGCACUUCCGCUGCCCCGCCGCCGGGACCCGGCAGUAGCCGUCCCCCGGCUGGCAGCACCGUGACCGCCUCGGUCCGCUCCUCCUUGCACAGCCAACCCCAGGCAGUGCCUGCCCCCGCGGUCGCUGCCUCCACGCCUCGCAGCCACCACAGCCAGUUGUCCAGCCCCAAGCGCAGCAGCCACGCCCACGAGUGGUCUGAGCCGGCAGCGCCGCUGGCCGCAUCCACAGCGCCGUCCAUACAGCCGCUUCGCACCAGCGACGUGCUGAGCGGCGGCGGCGGCGGGGUUCCGAGUACACGUGCAUCAAGCAUCGUGCCGCCACUGCCCACCUCGCGGCAGCCCUCGCAGCGACUAGCUCCUUCUGCGCCGCCGUCCAAUGCAUAUACGCCACUUCCGCCGCCGUCACCUGCAUCCACGCAGCCCCCCGCGCCCUCGCUUCCGCCGGCAGCACCGAGUGCGGCCCCGUCCCAGUCGCAGAACCGCACGGGGCCUCUGUCUGACCUCCUGGCUUCACUGCAGCUGGGCGGAGGCUCGCAGCAACAGCAACAACAACAACAGCAACAACAGCAGCAGCAACAGCAACUGCUGCCACAGCCGUUGGGCAUGUCUGAGAGCAGCUUCGGGCUGGCCUCUAUCUACGGCCGCAGCGGAGCGCCGGCAUCAGACUACGGCUAUGGCGCCGGCCAGACUUCUGCUGCCGCGGCCGCGGCCGCUGGCGCAAACGCGGGUGCGGUUGACAUGCUUGGGCGGCAGGUGGAGCAGCUGCGGGCAGAGCUGGGUGCUGAGCGACGCGAAGCGCAGCGCCUCAGGGCCGAGCUAUCCAGCUCUGAGGCCGCCCACCGUACCGCCGCCGACAUGGCAGACGCCCAGUCGGCACUGGCGCUGGCGGAGGCGCGUGUGCAGGUCGAGGCGCUGCGCAAGCAGCUGGACACCAGCGAGGGCGCCAAGCAGGUGCUGGUGCGGCGCGUGCAGCAGCUGCAGGAGCAGCAGGGCGCGGUGCUGGACCUGCAGGCCGAAUCCAGCGUGUUGGAGGCGCAGGUGCGCGCGCUGCAGGACAGUCUGGAUGCCUCGCGGUCGGCGCAGUCUUCCCUGGCGGGCCAGCUUGCGGACGCCAAGGCUGCGGCGGAGGCGCUGCGGCAGGACCGCGACCACCUGCAGCGCCAGAACAUCGAGCUCAGCGAGAAGCUGCAGGCGCAGGUGCGGGCUCUGAGCGACGAGACGGCUCGGCUGCGCACCCAGGCGCUGGAGGCCUCGGGGCAGGUGGAGGCGGAGCAGGUCGCCCGGCGCGCCGCAGAGGCGGCGCUGUCGCAGGUCCGGGUGCAGGUGGAGAGCAGCCGCGGCGCGGAGGGCAGCGCGCUGCAGCAGGCGGCGGCACUGGCGGCGCAGGUCAAGGAGCUGGGCGGCGCGCUGGAGGUGGUGCGGGCGGAGCGCAACAAGCUGCAGGAAGCCAAGUGGCGCGCUGACGAGCGCGCCGAGCAGCUGGGCCUGGAGCUUGAGGCGGCCAUGACGCAGCGCGCCAAGCAGGACAUGGAGGCGCGCGCCGCCGCCACCAAGGCCGACUCUGACCUGCGCUCUGCAAUCGUGGCGGCAGAGGGACUCAAAGUGGAGCUCAACGGAGCCCGGUCUCAGGUGGAGAGCCUGAAGCAGCAGCUGCGCUCGGCGCAGCUGUCGGCGGAGGAGGCAACGCGGCGGGAGAGCGCCCUGAACACAGACGUGCAGGAGGUGGAGGCGCUCAUGCGGGAGCUGGAUCGCGACCUGGAGGUGCAGGUCAACGCCGUGUGGCGGCAGCUGCGGUCCGAGCGCGCCGACUCGCUGUUCGGCCGGUCGGACGCGGGCUCGCUGCCGCCGGCGCGGCGCUGGCGGCCGGUGCUGACCGCGCUGGUGGGCAUCGUCAAGCGCAACGCCAACGAGGCAGAGCGACAGGCGCAGGCUCUGGAGCAGGCCCGCGAGCGCUGCUCGGCGCUGGAGGCGUCCGCCGCCGCCGCCAACGAGCUGGCCACCAGCCUGGCGGCGCACCAGCGGAUAAAGGCGGCGCAGCUGGCGGAGCUGGACGAGAGCCGCCGCGGCGUGGCGCUCAUGGACCAGGCGCUGGCGGAGGCCAACCGCGAGUGCCAGCGCCUGCACCGGCAGCUGGAGGAGGCCACGGCCGCGCACAAGGCCUUCGCGGCGGAGGCCAGCGCGAGAGAGGCGCGCAUGCAGGCGCACGUGGCGGAGCGGGAGGCCACGCUGCAGGCCCAGAUCUCGGACCGUGAGGAGCGGCUGCGCACCGCCAUUGCCGAGCACGAGAAGCGCCUGGCGGCGGUCACGUCGGAGUGGGAGAACCGGUUGAAUACGCAGCUGGCUGACGUGGAGGCCCAGGCGGAGGCUGACGCCGCCGAGGCCGCCGCCAAGCUGCGCGACCUGGCCGACCACCGCGAUGCGGCGCUGGCGGCGGCGCAGGCGGAGGGCGCCGCGCGGCUGGCCGCGGCUAUCUCCGAGCGUGACGCGCAGCUGCAGCGGGCUGUGGCGGAGUCAGACGCGCGGCUGCGGGAGGCGGUGGCGGAGGCAGAGGCGCGGCUGCGGGAGGCGGUGGCGGAGCGGGAGGCCCGCCUGGCGGCGCUGGCGGCGGAGCGGGAGGGUCUGGCGCGGCAGGUGGCCAGCCUGAGCGCGGCGCAGGCAGACGACCGCCAGGAGCGGGACGCGCUGCGGCUGCGGGCGCACGGGCGGGACCAGCUGCUGAGCAUCGUGUGGUCCGAAAUGCGGGCCGCCAAGCUGGCAGCCAUGGGCCCCGGCGCCGCCGCCGGCUCGCCGCCGCGCACCCCGGCGCCCGGCGGCUUCGGCGGCUACGGCGCCUCCUCCUCCUCGCUGUCCUCCUCGCCGGCGUUAGGCGGAGCAGCUGCGGAUGCCGACGGCGCCGGCCCCAUGGACUGGGGCGAGCCGCUGUGCCAGGAGCGGCUGCUGCAGUGCAUCACUACUGUGCGUGUACAGGUGAGCAAGCUGCAGGGCGAGGUGGGCUCGUUGCGCGCCGGCGCGGGCCUGGCUGAGGAGCUGGGCGCGCAGCUGGGUGCGGCGCGGGGCCGGCUGGCCGAGGCUCAGCGCAGCGUGGAGCAGCUGGGCGCGCGAGUGGGCGCUCUGGAGGAGCAGCUGAGGGAGGAGCAGAAGAACAGGUCGAGCCUGCAGCAGCAGCUGUCCAGUGGCGAGGCGGCGGCGGCGGCGCUGCAGUCGUCGCUGUCGGAGGCGCGGCAGACCAUCGCGUCGCUGCAGGAGGAGGCGGCGGUGCUGUCCAAGUCCCGCGACACCUGGAAGGACACGGCCACGCAGCAGGAGGCUCAGCUGCGGGAGCUGUACACGGAGGGCGAGCUGCGCGCCGGCGAGCUGGCCCGCCUGCGCAGCGAGGCCCAGGCCGCCGCCUCGGACGCCAGCGGCGCAUCGGCGCGCGUGCGCCUGCUCGAGUCUCAGCUGCAGGACGCCCAGAGCCAGGUGGGCACCCUGGGCGCGCGGCUGUCCGCCACCGACAAGGCGCUGGGCGACGCCAACGCCCGGGCCGCGGCGCUGAACGGGCAGCUGGUGCUGGCGGAGAGCGAGGCGCGGCUCAAGGCGCAGGAGCUGCUGGCGCGGGUGGCGACGGCGGAGGACGGCGAGAAGCUGGCCAAGGCCAGCGCCAAGGAGGCCAUGGACCGGCUGGAGGGCCGCCUGCGCGACGCCUCCGAGCAGGGCUCGCAGCUGGUCGCCGACCUGGACGGCCUGCGCGCCGAGCGCAAUGAGGCGCAGCUGCGCGCCGACGACCUGCAGCGGCAGCUGGUGGAGGCGCGGGCGCGGCUGGCGGACGCCGAGCUCACCGCGCGCCAGCUGGCCAAGGUGGUGGCGGAGCGGGACGGGCUGCAGGAGCAGGUCAACGGCCUGCGCAACGCGCACACGCAGGCCGCGGACGAGGCGCGCAGCCUGCGGCGUCAGCUGGACGCGGCGCAGGACCAGGUGGCACGGCUGGGCGAGGACAAGGCGCGGCUGGCGGCGGCGGUGGAGGGGCAGCGCCUGGAGGCGAUCAUGACGGGCAUGGCGGGGCGCGCGGGCGCAGCGGGUGCAGGCGCAGGUGCAGGCGGCGUUGUUGGCGGCAUUGGCAGCAGCCUGGGCAGGAUCAGCGCGCUGGCGCGGCCGGGCGGUGGCGGUGGAGAGGGCGUCGGGUAUGGGGGCCUGGGGGCUGGCGGGGCGGAGGCGCGCGGCACGCCGGCGCCCGCUUACAGGGCUUACACCGGCCUCAGCUACCCGGCAGUGGGCGUGGGCUCCUACGGCGCCAGCCCCACUGUCGCACGUCCCAGCGCCAGUUACGGCGGCGGCGCGGCGGCGGCGGGCCUAGCGCCCUUCUCCCCGCAGGCGCCCGCUACUGCCAUGUCGGCGCCGGCGUACGGCGAUGCCAGCCUGCGUCUGGGGAUGGGGAUGGGCGGGUAUGUGCCGCAGGGCGCGGGGGCGGGGGCGGGGGCGGGUGGUGCUGGCGAGGCCAUGGCUGUGCGGGUGCACAUCCAGGCCUCGCCCACGGACGUGUACGGCACGCCCGCGGGCGGCCGGUAAGGGUCGUGGCACUGGUGUGGUUUUGACGAUGUGGGUCAGGACUGUGGAUUGGUGACGGGGGGGUUGUGAAGGCACUCCGGGUUAUUAGCAGCGGUGGUAGGUGGCCGUGUGGCAAUUAUAUAGCAUGCCGGUGAGCCUGUGUACGUUGCGCGGUACUUGUCGCGAUCUGCAUGUGAUUUUACGUGUACGGACCACGGAGCUGGGGCACAUUGGCCAGUGACGUGUUGAGAAAUGUGAUGCCGGGCAGCGAUGGACCCUGGGUGAUGGACUCUGCGUAUACAAACAGAUGCAGCGGAGGUGAACGGGAUGAAGGAGAACCGGCUCAACGUCCUAUGUUGGCAUACCGUACUUUUGGUAUGGCGUUGGCUGGCAGAGCUGGUCUAUACGCCGCACAGCGGUAUGGUGUGUGAUGGGACAGUGGUAAGGCAGGUUGGCAAAGUCCCUUAGGGCGCAGCUAAUUCCCAUACCCAACAAAUGGCAAACAGUUGGCAGAGGCAGGGCAAGAGUGCGCGGCUGGGCUAACGCCGGAGUUACUGUACCGACGAGUUGCUGGCUGGCUGGAAGUUUGCUGACGCGCAUUCCUCACGCU